UGAGCUCGCUGUGACCUAACGGCCUCACCAUGCGAGCAGAGCAAAAGCAUCCGCAUCAGCAGCAGCAGCAGCAAUGGAGAGUCAACCUCCACGCAAGGUCCAGGAACUUCAGCGUCGCGCUCACAGCCACAACGCCGAUUCCGACUUGGAGUCCUCGCGGCGGUCACCAUAGCCUCUCGAUCUUGCUCCGGCUUUGGAGCUUCGUCCUCCGCGUGCGGUCGGAUUGCGGGACCGGACCUCCGAGGCAGCGCCGGCGAUUCCUCGGAUCCAGAUUCCUCAGAGCUCUCGGGAGAAUCCGAGGAUCGCGAGCUAAAAAGGAAACCGUCGCCGUCGCGACGCGCGAAGCCAAUAAGGCCGAGAUUGGGGCUGUGCGGCUGUCCGUCGUCCUUGUCCUGAUCUCCGCGUUCCUUCUCGGAGCGAUCUCGGCCAACCGCCUGGCCAACAUCGGUGCAGGCGUCGUCGCGGUGGCGUCGACGAUCCUCGCUCGCGCGCCGAAGCAAUUUCUCGCGAGACAAGCGAGCUUCGCGUUGGUGCUGUUGAGUCUGUGGAGCGCGGUUGGAUCUCCGUCUCGAGCGUUCGAUCUGGCGAAGUACGUGGACUUCGCCGGGGAUUGGGUGCCAGGAAUCUUGUGGAAGAUCUGGAAGAGCGCGGCGUCAUGAAUUCCUGAUCGGCUGAUUUGACGGAUUGGAUCAGGUGAAGCGAAAUCUCAGGUACCGUGAUUUAUUUUGCGCGAGCCCUCCGUCUCCGCCGCCGCCGCCGGCCAAUACGAGUUCGAGUAAAGCCAGAGUAAUUUCUACGCCGUGGAUACAAGCAUAAUCAUGUCAUUUACGAACCGAAGUAGGCCGGAGCCGGCUCGGUCGAUUGCCUCCACGUGGGUUUCAAUGAAAUAUAAUUGGUUUCGGGCUUGAUUAUGCGUUCUAUCUAACUCAAAAGACUCGAUUCGAGUAUUCGGGGUUAUU